AUGAGCCAGCCAACUUCGUCGCCAGAUGUGGAAGCACAGCCAAGUGCACUGAACAACACGCGGGAUGUUGUAGAGGAACCUGGCAGCAGUAUCUCGGAAGCUGGUCGCGACCUUACUGCUGAAAUUGACCCGUCGAUCGAUGAAGAUGACCGGGGUGCUAUGGCCAGGUUGGACCACUGGAUGCAGACGCCGCCGCCGUCUUCUCGCUGCCGCGGGUGUAGCGAAACGGCACACGACGAGGCAUACAUCCUGCGCCUAUUCGACCUCACAGUCCCGCUCCAGUGUCAUGCUUGUAACAAAGAGCAUCCCGCUGUCCAAUUCAGUCCAUCUCAACGCGAUGCCACAAUACGGACUUGUGUUGCACGCCAAGGUUACCGGACACUGUGUCCCCACUGGAACAUCACUCUCGACGACCUGCGAGAGUGGCAAAAGUUCCUUGACGAAGAUAUUCCGGUGCCAAUCAGUCAUAUAAAGCGGCAAGUUGAUGGUGUCUACAUCAAAAGCACGCAUCCUGCUCAUCAAGACGAUACCCCCGAACCAGACCGUUGCCCAUUUGGCAGCCUCACAGUCAGAGUCUUUGAGGGCAGAAGCAAACUAUGCGUCAACGUCGCAUGGGAGUCUGUCAUCAAAAUCGACACGCAAGAGCUAGACGGGUUCGAGGUCUGCAAAAAGACAUUGGAUGAUCUUCACGCCCUCUGCCCCGAGGCUUUGGGCCCUCCGCACCUUACUUCCCAUCACAUCCGCUCUGUCACUCACGAAAGCCUUUUCAAAAACCGCACACUAUAUCUAGAUCAUAAGCGGCACCUCUACUUCGAGAACAUGGACGGUCUGGUCGAGGGAGACAGAUACCGGAGAGUCAAGUACGAGAGCCGUAUGCGGAUGCCCAUGUCGGCAGAGGGCGACCAGACAAUGGUUGACGGAACCUGGCCAGUCUACAUCGAUCCACAAAGCUACGGUCUCCGAGAUGACGAGCUAGGAAGAGGCAUCACAUGGUGCGACGACAUGAACUGCCCUACGAUGCGUGGAAGGGUGCAGUGGGAGGCAGUCGCUGAGAAGAUGUCGGUCGGCAUCCUCUCCAAUCGAUUCAUGUGGGAUGGCUCUGUGCUUCCUCAGAAGCGGGAGGAGGUACCUAUCCAGAACCAGAAGAAGUUACUGUCGGAGUUCGAACGGAAGACAAAGACUUUAUGGCUGACCCGCGAGGAGUGGACACGGUGUUGGCAAGGCUCUUACGAGCUGUGGUGCUUAAGGUCGUGGUACAUGCUCUCGCGCCACAAGAUCUUCCAGCGAUCGCUUAGCAGCUCUGAGACGUGGACAGCUCGAACUUGA